GCUGAGCUCAGCGGUACAGUUUCGUUACGACAAGAGGAGUUGACUUACGGCACUGUUACGUCACACAUUGCUCAGCAGAAGAGACGCUUGCCCGAAAUGUAUGGCUGCAGAUGCGUAGCCCGGGAUUAACCGACAAAACACGGACUGAUGGAAAACACACAACGUCAUGAAAGAGAUUGACAGUGUGGGGGGUGAGAAAAAUGAAAAUUGUGAAGAAAAUGAAGGGGAGGCACCAAUGAGGCGUAGUUUCUCGGUGGAAGACCUCCUUGAUGAGGUGGAGAAGAUCUGUUACGAUGCCUCAGGGACGUCAAAGGUGGAGAUGGUGGUGAGGCUAUGGAAGGAUGGCUUCACCGUAAACGAUGAGGAGUUUCGCAGCUACUCCGUCCCAGAGAAUCAAGACUUCCUUGAUGCCAUCAAAAGAGGGGAGCUUCCAGCAGAAUGGGAGAGCAGAGCAGAAGAGGAGGAGCUGGAGAUCAGCGUGGAGGAUCUGACAGAGGAAAAUUAUGUUCCCAAGAAAAAGGCCUUUCACCCCUUCAGCGGCCGAGGAUACCGACUUGGCAGUGUUGCACCCAGAGUAGUGGCCAGGUCACCAUCUGUGCACGAGGAUGGAGAAUCUCCUCCUAUUCCCAUGGUAACACUAGACCACGCCCUUCCUGUUACCUCCCUGCAGAUCUGGUUGGCUGACGGCAGGAGAUUGGUGCAGAGGUUUAACCUAUCGCAUCGGAUCACUGAUGUUCAAGAUUUCGUGGCACGCUCCCAGAGGAGCUGCCCACCUUUCGUCCUGACGACAUCACUUCCUUUCCGGGAGCUCAACGACACAGAAUUAAGUCUAGAAGAUGCGGAUUUGGCCAACGCUGUCAUUGUCCAGAGACCCCUGAACACACAGGCUCCAUUUGGACACUCCUGACUAAAAGGGCCCCCGUAAUUCACACAAUAAUGCCACUUAUCCCUUCACUGACACACCUCCAUGACCCUGAUUGCAGUCCCAAGGCCUCCUAUAACUUCUAAUCUUUGUUUACACAGCAGUUUGUGCUGCAUUUGAUGAUUGUUAUUUCCCUCUACAAUAUGUUAAUCUCUGUGUGGGAUUAUCUACAGUCUAAUGGAGUUAUUGUUAGUUAGACAUCUCCACCAUCGCAGGUGCUGCUGAGGCGCUGUUGUUAAUGCUUACUUUGUCUUCUUCCUCUGGAGGACAGUGUUUACCUGCCAGCAGAUCUCCCUAAACCCCCAAACUCUAGAAAAAAACUGUCAUGGCAAACCAAUUCUGUCGCCCGUGCAGAUGGUCAACCAUGUGUUUCCAUCUGUUGGUCUACCACAUGUAACCCUCCCUCCUUCCCUCACACACACACACACACACACACAUUUGUUUCACUAUCCCUGUGGGGGACAGUCAUUGACAUAAUGCUUUCCCCAGCCCCUUACCCUAACCUUAACCAUCACAACUAAAUGCCUAACCUAAACAAUAACCUUAACCUAACUGUAACCUGUACCCUAAAACCAAGUCUUAACCCCCAAAAAGCAGUCUCUACCUGUGGGGACAAAAAUUGAGAUCCCACGGUGACACAAGGGCCCAUGGGUUGGUGUGCAUUCAGGUUAAAGUCCCCACUGGGAUAUAAGAACAUGAAACACACACACACACACACACACACACACACACACAAUACCAGCACCACCAACCAACUCUCUAAAGUCUUCCCAAACUGUGAUCACCAGUUUUUCUGCACUAUUUAUAGUAAGAAAUAAGGGUUUGUAUCUCCAAGUUCACAAUUAUAUUUAAGGAGCAUAUGAUGUUUUGUUUGCACGUUAUUAUGAUUUAUAAAGAGAAACGAUGACAGCUUGUUAUUUAUGUUGGCCUGACUGUUUAGGUCUAUCAGUAGUUUUGCCAAUUUUUGUGAACAUUUGCCUUUGUUUUUUGGAGGGGGGAUUUAAAUCAGAAUGUAAAAUGUAUUGUUUUAUUUGACUGCAUCUUUUCAAGACAUAUCACGCAUCAAGGCACAAUAAAAACCCUCCUCAAAGAUC